AUGGAGCUGGAGCUGGGGCUCGCGCCGCCGAACCACGCGCACCCAGCGGCGGCCUCCUGCGGGAAGAGGGCGUGGACCGAGCCGUUCGGGGCUCCCAACGCCACGCUGCCGCUCUCUCUGCGCGACGACAACGACAUUAACGCCCGCAUCGGCGGCGGCGGCGAACACGGCGCUGGCGCCCGCGAAUGGGAAAUGUGCAACGGGAAGAGGAAGCUGGUGGGGUGGCCGCCGGUGAGGAGCGCGCGCCGCCGCGGCCACGUGAAGGUGAGCAUGGAAGGGGUGCCCAUCGGGAGGAAGCUGGACCUCUCCCUCCACGGCUCCUACCACCAGCUCCUCCGCACGCUCCGCCUCAUGUUCCCGACCUCCUCCUCCCACCAGAGUCCAUCAAUCUGCAAACACCGCCGCCGUGGCCGCGGCCCAUACGCGGUGACCUAUGAGGACGGGGACGGGGACUGGCUGCUGGUCGGGGACGUGCCGUGGGAGGACUUUGCCAGGUCAGCCAAACGGCUCAGGAUACUCGUACCGUAG